GUGUGGACCACCUCUCCGAGCAAUUCGUAGAGGGGAGGUGUAUUUUGUAUGUUGUUUAUUUAUUUAAUUUCACUGUUUUUGAAACGAUUUGAUGUCCGUUGAGGUGGUUUAUGUCUCAAACAAAUAUGCUGCUGACGCAAUUCUGCCGCACUUCGCUUUCCUGACAUUGUGUUUGGGUAAUAGACGGGGGUAGCAGAAGCCAUCGAAAAGUUUCUCCUUUGUACUGUACAAGAUAUAGCGAUAUGUGGAUAGUCCUAAAGUAACGUGCCACAGACUGAGAGGGAAGAGGAUAUUGAGACACGCGGCUAACUGCUCUGCCUGUUAGCUCAUUCGCUACUUAUCAACUGCCUUGAGUGUUUGCCUUGUGUAUGGAUCUCUUCCACCUGAAAAGGACAAGCCGCCGGGCUGCAAAUGAAACAUGAAGCCGUGUCAACGAUGUGUGAUUGUUUUCUAGGGCUCUGUGGUUUAAGUCAUAUUCUGAUCGGUCUCUCCGAGAGACCCCGAGUCAAGGCUGCUCCAUCAAGGCAAGAGCAACACUGUUCAGAUAAUUUGGGUGGAAAGCGUGUUCGAAGUCGAGAUAUCACGCAGUAUUUGCUGACAGCCAGUGGGAGAAAAGAUCCCUAGUCGUGAGCCCAUUGCAGGCUACCAGGAGAUUUGGGAAUAUCUUGGCUCUUCAAUCGGACUCCAUGCAUUCGUGGAGCACUUAUACGGUAAUCCCUUUGCUGUGUUGAUCCUGAAGCUCCAUCCAUCCAUCCAUCCAUCCAUCCAUCCAUCCAUCCCUCCAUCUCUCUCUCUCUCUCCCCCCUGGCCUGCUGACGUCCUGCCGUGAGUGUACCAAGGCUUGCGCAGGCCCACCACGAAGGCGUCUGUGAUCCGGGACUUGGUCACUUUACGUCGGGCGAGGAAGUCAGCUGCCAAAGCGCUCACCCCCCCCGCCCGCCCCCCCCUCCACCACUCAGGCCCUCUAAUGGAUCUCCAGCCUGCUCGCUUGCUGCUGGGGACUGUGUUGCUCGUCCUGACCGUGUCGGUGAGCCCAGGCAGGGCUGAGAAGAUCUACACCAACACCUGGGCUGUCCACAUCGCCGGUGGGGAGCAAGAGGCCAACCACAUUGCCGAAAAGCACGGCUUCGUCAACCUUGGACAUGUGUUUGGUGAUAUUUACCACUUCCGUCAUCACAGGGUGGUUAAGAGGUCGCUGUCCGAUCACCGUGGUUACCAUGUGCGACUCCACAGCGAAGCUCAGGUGACGUGGGCGGAACAGCAGGAGAUUAAGCAGCGGGUGAAGAGAGACAUCUACUCAGACCCGACCGACCCAAAGUUUGCACAGCAGUGGUACCUGACCAAUCCGAACCAGCACGACCUGAAUGCCAAGAGCGCCUGGGAGCAGGGCUUCACGGGGAAAGGGGUCGUCGUCUCCAUCCUCGAUGAUGGCAUAGAGAAGAACCAUCCAGACCUCAUCCAGAACUACGAUCCAGAUGCCAGUUAUGACGUGAACGAUGGAGACAACGAUCCCCAGCCACGAUACACACAGCUCAAUGACAACAGACAUGGGACCCGUUGUGCUGGAGAGGUCGCUGCCGUGGCCAAUAACGGCAUUUGUGGAGUGGGCGUGGCCUACAAUGCCCGUAUUGGAGGUGUACGAAUGCUGGAUGGGGAGGUGACAGACAUGGUGGAGGCCCAGUCUCUGAGCCGUAACCCGCAGCACAUCCACGUCUACAGCGCCAGCUGGGGUCCGGAGGACGACGGCAAGACCGUGGACGGCCCCGCCAAGCUCGCUAAGGAGGCCUUCCUGCGAGGAGUCACCGAGGGUCGCGGAGGCCUUGGCUCCAUCUUCGUAUGGGCAUCUGGCAACGGCGGGCGGGAGAAAGACAGCUGUAACUGCGACGGCUACACCAACAGCAUCUACACCCUGUCCAUCAGCAGCAGCACGCAGUACGGCAACGUGCCCUGGUACAGCGAGGCCUGCUCCUCCACCCUGGCCACCACCUACAGCUCUGGCAACAUCAACGAGAAGCAGAUCGUGACUACAGAUCUCAGACAGAAGUGCACAGACUCCCACACGGGCACGUCGGCCUCCGCCCCCCUCGCCGCUGGCAUCAUCGCCCUCGCCCUCGAGGCCAAUAAGAACCUGUCCUGGAGAGACAUGCAGCACCUGGUGGUGCGAACCUCUCGCCCCGCCCACCUCACCACAGACGAUUGGAAGACCAAUGGUGUAGGCCGCAAAGUGAGCCACUCUUAUGGUUACGGUCUCCUGGAUGCCGGGGCGAUGGUUUCCAUGGCGCAGAAUUGGACCAGUGUGGGGCCCCAGAGGACAUGCAUCAUCUCCAUGCUGAAUGAACCCAAGAACAUCGGCGGCCAUCUUGUGGUGACUAAGACACUGGAUGGGUGUUCGGGGCAGGCCAACUUCGUCAGCUCGCUGGAGCACGUCCAGGCCCAGCUCACGCUCUCCUACAACCGCAGGGGCAACCUGGGCAUCUACCUGAUCAGCCCCAUGGGAACCCGCUCCACGCUACUGGCCCCCAGACCCCAUGACUACUCGUCUGAGGGCUUCAACGACUGGGCCUUCAUGAGCACACACUCCUGGGACGAGGAUCCCCGCGGAGAGUGGACACUGGAGAUCAGGAACACGGCCGGAGCCAGCGACUACGGCACUCUGACCCAGUUCAUGUUGGUGCUGUAUGGCUCUGGCACAGACACCGUCGACACGUCCAGCCCUGACCUCAGCCAGGCCAACAACGGCAGCUGCAAGACCUUUGACCUCAACCAAAACUGCAUUGAGUGCAGCCCAGGGUUCCUCCUGUUCCAGCAGGGCUGUGUGCUUGCCUGUCCCCCUGGCUACACAGGAGGCCCCGAGCCCCUCAAGUACGCGCAGGGCAACUGGGUCACACCCCCGUCCGUCAAGACCUGCCAGCCUUGCGCCCCCCCCUGCCUGACCUGCCGCGGCCUCACCUCACAGGACUGCCUCUCCUGCCCCCCCCACAACCACCUGGACUCCGUCACCGGCACCUGCCUGCACCAGAACCAAAUCGAGCGCGAGUCCCCCGACACGCUGGCCGGCGUGGCCGGCGUGGCCAGCCUGCACGAGUCCGGCUACGCGGGCGCGGCAGCGGGAGAAAUAAUGGGCAGCAGACCCCUGGACUCGUCCUCGCGGAUGCCCGCCACGGUGGCCGUCCUGAGCUGUGCCUUCAUCGCGGCAGCGUUCGUGGCCGUGUUCGCGGGCCUGCAGCUGCGCAACGGCCCGGCGCCCAAGCGGCUGCUGCUGGGCGAGACGGGCGCGGGCUCCCUGAGGGAGGGCCUGCGGGGCCUGGGGCUGGGCUUGGGCACGAGCCGCGUCAUCUCCUACAAGGGCAUCCCCAGCGCGUGGCGCGAGGACGGCUCCGACUCCGAGGCCGACGAGUUCGACGUCCACAACGAGAGGACUGCCUUUAUCAAAACACAAAGUGCUCUUUAACGUCCCUCCUCCCCUUCCUCUCCGUCUACUCCCCCCUGACUGCUCCCCUCCAAUCCCAGGUUUCCAUUCUCCCUCAUCCUUAGCAGUCCAGACCCCCCCACCCCCCUUAUUUCUCUUAAGGAACUAUCACUAUUUCCAAUCAUUUUGAUCUACAUUUUGAUUUUUGCUCUUCUCCUCUUUCUGGGGUUGUUUGGGAUUUCUUUCACUCUUUUUUUCACUCUGGAAUUCUGGGACAUUGUCCUCUCCGAAGCGUCCGUCUCGCUGGUCUUAGGGGAUCUUCAGGGUGACUCUCGCGAAAGGCCUGUUAGCGCGCGCGCUCCCGGCUUGAAUGUGACUUGAGAUUACAAAUCAAAGCUCUCGGCUCUCCCGUGGGAGCCCGAGGGGACGAUUAUUUUUUCUAAUGUUAGAAUAAAUCAUGCUCAUGGUUCCUCGUGUUUUUUACACCCGCCUCCUUCACAUCUUUGCUUUCCAGCCUCCUCUUUCAUAUCGAGGUUGCCCGAUGAGAUUGUAAGUCGUAAGGGUGCAAGGUCAGGCUUGUCUGUGUGUGUGUGUGUGUGUGUGUGUGUGUGUGUGUGUGUGUGUGUGUGUGUGUGUGUGUGUGUGUGUGUGUGUGUGUGUGUGUGUGUGUGUGGGUGUUUGCCUUCUAGUGCCGUGUGCAUUUGAUAUAGCCGGCCAUGCUGCACUUCUGAGUGUGCCAGAUUGAUCCUGAGGUGACCAGUGAGCUCACAGAGAUAAAUACUACAUGUCCCACUGGCCUCUUGCAUGACUUAACUCCUAAGGCCGGUUAGUGAGAUUGAGUGAGAGUUAAAGAGGUUCAUCCACUUCUCUGAUGUUAAUGUGUGUGCAUAUUUGUUCUUGCGUGCGUGUUUCUCUGUGUGUGUGUGAGUGUGAGUGCAAGACAAAGAGCACCGGGUUGCUGUCUGCUUUGGAUGAAUGUAGAGUUUCAAGAGAUUGCAGCAGCCUCAACUCUUUCACACACUUACACAAACAAACAAACACACACACACACACACACACAUGUGACGGCAUGAAAGAGAAGCCAUCAAAGUCAGUCAACAUGGCUUAAAAAUUGAUGUGUGAUUUUUGCUGGGCUGAAUGAACUGCAGUGAUCACUGUGAUGCGUGUGCGCACUCAAGCACACACACACACACACACACACACACGUUCAAAGUUCCUGUUUAAGAGUAGUGCAGUGUGUCCCUGUUAAAAGUUGAACAGGACCCCUCCGAGGCCUGAGCACUGGCGGUACUAAGGCCUCUGAUGUGCGCACACACACACACACACACACACACACACACACACACACACACACACACACACACACUAAGGCCACAUUAAAGAGGCCCAUCUCCUCUCAAGUCGUUCAUGAGCGCCUGGCCAUCUGCUAAGAGAGUCCACAUUAAAGUAAACCGAAACUCAAAACCUUUUUUUUUGUUUGUUUGUUUUAUUUGUACUGUGGGCACUGCUAAAGGGGUCUGAAACAUUUAGAUUUUUCUCUUUUAUCCUCCCUUUAGCAAACCUCUGAAACUGUAUGUCUCUGAGGUCUGACACACAUUGGUAUUUUAUUUUUGCCACCAUGCGGUAAUUGCUGCACUAACCUGCAGAGGAAGUAUAAAGCCGAAACAUCUGUUCACACCGCAGCCUUACUAGAACCAUCCCCGAUUGCUUGCCUGUAGUUCUCAACAGAGCCGUGUUUGCGCUUUACUGUCAAAGCAGUGAUCGUUGUGACGCGGGGAGUGUAGACGACCCAAAGGCCCAGGCAAACCCUGUUUUUCCCUUGUGCAGACCAGUCCAAGAUAAUCAUCCAGAACAUUAAAGUUGCACACACUACAGGUUCCUUAGCGACAUUGGAGUCUAAUAUGUCUGACAUAAGAACAAGACCUAGUCAUGGACUGCAGUUAUAGUUUAGUUCUAGAAUAGUUUCAUAGUUAGCCACAGAUAUGACCCCAUUUUGGUUUCAGUUUAGGCGUUGAUUGGACAAAGUCCUCGUUUAGUAAUAUUUCACUAUUUCUAUAUUCUCUUUCAAAAGACACAAAUCCUCAAGAUCAAUUCUUUUUAACACUACUCCUUUAAUCCAAAUUCAGUCCAGAUUUAGUCAUAAAAUGCCUUUUCCUGAGUGUCUGAUUGAAGAAUGAAGAUCACCUGAUCGAUUUGCAUAUCUCAAGCUGUGAGCCCCCUUGUACAACUGAGCUCCUCCCCUAGUUAUCAUGAAAGCCUGCUCAGCAUAUCGCCUCAUAUCCUAGACACGAGCUGGAAGAAUCGUGCUGCACUAAACCUGCCAUCAUUGCUGUUCGAGAGAGACGAGUUUGUGCCUGAACCCCUUGUGCGAGGGUCCUUAGCGUGCAGAGAGGGCAAUCACCUCCAUCCAGUGUUCUCCGAGAACACAACACUGCAUUAUCAGGUGGACUGAGUAUGUGCUAUGAGCAUCUGCGGUUUACCAACUUAACCCGUAAGACCAGUCACCCCCCAACCACCCAAUACCACCGCUUUCUCCCAGUGCUUCCAUCACAAACACUGGGCAGACGACAUCAAAGUUCGGGAUUGCAGAGUGACACAGUGGUUUGCCAUCUGAUGACCUCUAGGGGGCGCUCAGCUCCGGCAGCCCUUGUGUUUUAUUUCUGUGGUUGUUCCAGAGAGGCCUGUGCUCGUAUCUGAUGCGUGUGCCUGGGAGUUCUAAUGCCCACAUCACAACCCAUACCUCAUCGCUCCUUCAGCUAACGUGCUGAAAUAAAAUAGGGGUUUAAAAUGAUCUAUCGUCCAAGAGAGGGAAAGGUGACUGGAUUGAUUUUUCAUCCGAGCCCUUCCUCUGCGAUGAAACUUCCCAUAUUUUAUAAUUAAAUAUAAUAAAUAAAUGUAUGACUUACUGUAAGUGGAAAGCGGGAGAAGAGUGCUUGAGUCUGAGAGGGCCUUUCUUAUUGAAACAUUUUUAAUGGACUAUCAAUUUAUUCAUCUUUUCAGUGCCAAGCUUCUUUCUGUCUCCCCCACCCCCUCAUGCCCUCUCUCUUUCCCCCUCUCUCUCUCUCUUCUCUCCCCCUCUCGCUCUCUCUCUGCGGGAAGAGUUUUACGGGAAUUGAAUUUAUUGCUGUACUAUAUUGUUUCUGUGUGGGUGCGGGAACGCUGGGAAGUGUGAGCCCUGAGCUCUGCAGUUGGUGAAGGCGUGUGGGUCUUAACCUGAGACCUGCAUUUUAACCAGCUUCAGCUUCAGGUGGAGACCAAGAGGCCCUGCUGUCUCUACCGGCUCUCUACCAUCCCAUCACUUCAGGGCAGGCCAGAUACUAAACUCCAUCUGUUUUUUUUUGUUUUCUUUUACACAAAUUAAGAGGGCAUUGGUUACUGUAGUGAAGCAGGCCGUGCCCAUUUUAAUCCACUGCUCGAGGUGGUUCCCCUAAAGUGGUCUAUUUUUUGUAUUCUCGAAGAAAAGAAAAAAAAUCCUCUGAUGCGUCAUUCUGUAUAGUAUCCAUUGGUAGUUCACUACGCCCCCUACUGUUCAGUCUUCGCAGUACAGUGUGUAAAUAAGUGUGUGUGUGUGUGUGUGUGUGAACGAGCACGCAGACGUGGUGUGAGGUGUUGGGGGCAUUACCAAAGACUGAUGGUGUGAGUGGUGUGUUUGUGGAGCGGCUUGAGCCUUCUGACUAAAAGCAGAGUUGUUGGUAUAUUCGUUGCUGCUCUGAGCAGCGCCUCCGGCUUGGCGUGGCCCUGCGAUCAUUAAGUUCAAAGUUCACCGCCUCCCCUCCUAGUAGCUGCCGAGGGCUCCUUCUUCAGCCUGUAGGAGCAAAAGAGUGAAUGUGUUCAAUUUUAAAGGACAGCCUCUUGUAUGUAAAACAAACACAUACAUAAACACACACACACACACACACACGACACAGCAUACACGGAUCAAGGGCUGAAUGUCUCUCUGUGUGCACUACAGAAAACACACACACUGAUUUAUAUUAGACCUCGCUCUAUCUUUCAGGCUGAGGUCACAAGCCUUUGGCUGCGUAGAGACAUCUUAGUAACAGACACCGAUGAGAUAUGAUGGAUUGACUACCUGUGAUGGGACAACUAAUCUAAAAAUAAGGCCUAUUUUUGUACUAUAUAUGGUGCAGUGUCAUUUACAUGUAAUUUAAAAAGAUUUUGCCUUUUUUGUUUUGUUUUUUUCCUUUUUAUUUAAUUGAUGUCAAUAUGCGGAUUAUAGAUUUUACGAAAAAUAAAGAUCUAUGCAAACUUCA